GAGUUUUUUCUCUGCAACAGCCUUGGCUAUCCUGGAACUCUCAGAGAUCCGUCUGCCUUUGCCUCCUGAGUGCUGGGAUUAAAGGCCACCACCGCGCUGUUUUACUUCCUUUAUCCUGUGAAGCAGAGGUUGUCACUGUCCCCAUUUUACAGAGGCAAUGAUUUCCACCCUUACUGAACAGACGACCAAGGAUUGGUCUACCGGAGCCAGGCUCCCCAGUCCGCUUGCUCCUGGAGGCUGUGUCAGGACCAGGGACCCGUAGGAGGAGGAGGAGGAGGGCCCCACAGGAGGGGCGGGGCCGUACUGUCCCAGACAGCUGGGAGCCCAGAUCCCAUGGAGGUGGCAGGCUGCAGCUAUCAAUUCCGGAUCGCUCUGCUCGGGGACGCCGCGGUGGGCAAGACGUCACUGCUGCAGCGCUACGUGGCGGGCUCUCGCGGGGCGGUGGAGCCGGAGCCGGAGCCCACUGUGGGCGUGGAGUUCUACAGCCGCGAGCUGCUGCUGCCCGCCGGGCUGCGGAUCAAGCUGCAGCUCUGGGACACCGCGGGUCAUGAGCGCUUCAGGUGCAUCACCCGAUCCUUCUACCGGAACAUGGUGGGCGUUCUGUUGGUCUUUGACGUGACAAACAGAGAGUCCUUUGAACACAUCCAGGCCUGGCACCAGGAGGUCAUAUCUUGUCAGGGCCCCGACAAGGUGAUCUUCUUACUGAUUGGUCACAAGUGCGACCUGAGCACCCGAUGCGUCUCCACCCAGGAGGCAGAGGAGCUGGCUGCCUCGCUGGGCAUGGCCUUCAUGGAGACCUCGGCCAAAAGUAACUGCAAUGUGGACCUGGCCUUUGACACUGUCACCAGUGCCAUCCAACAGGCCCUACAGCAGGGGGACAUCAAGCUGGAAGAGAACUGGGCAGGCGUCCGGCUCCUCCACAGAGCCCCCAACCCCAGGUCCCCCAGCAGCAGAAAGCAGGACUCAGGCCCAUGCCAGUGUUGACUCUGGGGGAGAGCCGGUUAAAGUGGUGCCAGCCUCGGAUGCCCCAGUGAGACUGGAGGCAAAUGACAAAAAGACAACUGUCUCCUGACGUGUUCCUGCCUUCUAAAUCUUGGCAUUCUUUUCUUUGUCAGAAUUGAAUACAGCGCUUGGCUAGCUGCAGACACA